AUGGUCUCAACACGGUCCCGUACCGCCUCCGAGGCACUCACCCCCACGCGCGCACUGCAUGCCGCCGACGAAGUCCAGAGCGCCCCGACCACGCGUAGGCGUAGUGUCGCCGCAACAACCGACAGUCCGCGAGCCAGUCCGAGACGUAAGGCGGCGACGAGUGCGAGUCCGCGCGCUAGUCCGCGUAAGGCGCCGGCUCGGGCUACGACUAAGCGCAGCAGCCGGCUGCGGAAUGCUGUUAUGGAAGAAGAGCAGGAAGGGUUGGAAGAGGUGAAGGAGGAGGAGGAGGAGUCGACGGAUGGCGCUGCGGAUACGGAGAGCGUGGCCAGCGGGGUCAGCGUGGCCGAGAGUGUGGCUAGCGAUGACACUGCGCGUCCGGAGGAUGUCAAGAUCCAAGACGACGCCCAGUCCGAGGCCGACGCAGACGACGAUAUCAAGAUCGAGGCCGAGGCCGAGGCCGAGUCGGACGCUGAAGAGAGCGUGGCCGAGUCGGAAGCUAGCGACGCCGAGGACGCUACUCCCAUGGCUGAGGCUCACCAGUCCGAGCCCGAGGCCGAGUCAGAGGACGACGAGGGUACCCCGAAGCCCGCGGAGACGCCGAAGAAACGUAAGAGCCUGGCGCCUGAGGCAUCGGCGAAGAAGGCCAGAGUGUCGCUGGCAGCACCGGCGACGCCGGCCAAGACUCCAGUCAAGACUCCAGCCAAGACCCCAGCCAAGACCCCAGCCAAGACCCCAGCCAAGACCCCAUCACAGAACAAGACCCAAGCUACCGUAACCGCCAACGGAGCCCGCAACACAGUUGCGUCCCGCCGCCGCGCACGGCAGAAGGAGCGUCGGUCCAUCAUGGCCUCUCAUCCCGCCAUUCCGCUCUCUUCCGUCCCUACAGCGACGGUCACCAAGUUGCGGGAGGCGAUCACGAACAUUCUCUCUACCGAGGGGAGCGUCUGCGCGUCCCGCUUUGCGCGUGCUGUCGACGAGGAGUGGGAGGCGCUCGUUCCUGCGACCAGGGCAGUUGUGCAGGAUGAAGUGGAGAAUGCACGAGUCCGCGUUGUGAAGGGGACGAGAGUUGAGAGGGGGGCGGCGUUCUGA